AUGUUAGAACAGAUCGAUGAGAACCCAGAUGUCCCUGUGAGAGCAGUUCAGGAGCAGUUUCAAAGGAAGUAUUCAAUUGGGAUCUCAAGAUAUAAGGCAUACAGGGCAAAAGUUAGAGCUAAGAAACAGGCAGAAGGGGACUACACAGAACAGUAUUCUUUGCUCAGGGAUUAUGCCAAUGAAUUGCUGGAUAAGAAUCCGGGAAGCACUGUUAAGAUUGAGUUGGAAACUGGUAAUCCAAGGUGUCCAACAAGACAGUUUAAAAGAAUUUAUGUGUGUUUGGCAGCAUUAAGACAGGGUUUCAAGUCAUUGGGCAGAGAUUUCUUAGGGCUGGAUGGGGCUUUUAUGAAAGGCCCAUUCCCAGGGCAAAUCCUAACUGCAGUUGGGGUAGACUGUAACAAUGGACUUUAUCCUGUUUGUUAUGCAAUUGUUGAGUCAGAAAGCCUUAGUUCAUGGACUUGGUUUUUGGAACUCAUGGCUGAUGACCUUGAUCUUCAUUGUAACUCAAACUUUACCUUCAUCAGUGAUAGACAAAAGGGACUUCUACCAGCUAUCUCAAAGUUGUUUCCUUGUGCUGAGCACAGAUACUGUCUCAGGCACAUUCAUGAAAAUAUGAAGCUGCAGUUUAAAGGAAAGCUAUACAAGGAUAAAUUAUGGAAGUGUGCAACAGCCACAACUAUUCCAGAAUUUACAACUGCAAUGGACGAACUAAAGGCAUUCAACAAGAAAGCCCACUUGUGGUUGGCAAAGAUCCCACCUUUACACUGGUGCAGAGCAUAUUUCUCUGGUAGGGCAGUUUCUGAUAUGCUGCUGAAUAAUAUGUGUGAGGUGUACAAUGCAAAGAUAGUGGAAGGAAGAGACAGACCCAUCAUAUCUGCCUUGGAAUAUAUAAGAGAAUACUUAAUGAGAAGGAUUGUCACUGUGCUAAAUGUAAUUGACAAAAGUGAAGGAUUGUUGACACCUUGGGCAACUCAGCAGUUUGAGGAUAUCAAGAAGGAAGCAACAUUUUACCAUGUUCAGUGGAAUGGAGGGGAAUUUUAUGAGGUUAGUGGUAAACCUAAUCAUGCACGUGUGGUAAACUUGGAGAAGAGGACUUGUACUUGUACUUGCAGAAGGUGGGAAAUAACAGGUAUGCCCUGCAGACAUGCAGUGGCUGCAUUGUGGGAAAUGGGAGCUACUGGUGGAAGGGUGGGGGCCCUGGAGAGUUGGGUGCAUCCUGUGUACACAAUGGAAAGGUGGAAGUUGGUUUAUUCACACAAGAUUAACCCACUCAAUGGAAGAAGUAUGUGGGUUAAAGUACAGAGUCCUAUAACCAUCACACCACCCAAGCAUCACACCCCAGUUGGCAGACCCAAGAAAGCAAGGAAGAGGUCAGCCGUUGAAAUGGAGGACAUGGCACUUACCGGGAAGCUCACAAGGAAAAACACAAAAGGAAAAUGUACCAAGUGUGGGGCCAAGGGGCAUAAUAUCAGGACAUGCAAGGGUGCACAAGCUUAG